AUGACGUCAUCGUUAGCGGCGAAAUUCGCGUUUUUCCCGCCAACUCCGCCUUCAUACGGGAUCGUGAAGGACCCGAGCACUGGAAAGCUGCGAUUCGACAGCAUCCCGCCGCAAGACCACGUGGACGUGCUGUUGAUCGAUACGCGGCGGAGACAGCAGGUGGCGGCCAUGUUCGUCCGCAAUCCCCGCGCGCGAUUGACGCUGCUGUACUCGCACGGCAAUGCGGCUGACCUGGGACAGAUGCACGACCUCUACGUCGAGCUCGCGCAUAUGCUGCGAGUUAAUCUCAUGGGGUACGACUACACGGGAUACGGCGCCUCAACCGGCAAGCCGUCGGAGGCGGACACGUACGCGGACGUGGAGGCGGUGAUGGCGUGUCUGCAGCAGCGGUACAGCAUCGGCGCGGACCAGGUCGUGCUGUACGGGCAGAGCGUCGGCAGCGGGCCCACCGUCGACCUCGCAUCGCGCACGCCGAACGUGCGCGGCGUGGUGCUGCACAGCCCCAUCGCGUCGGGUGUGCGCGUGCUGUACGAGGUCAAGCACACCUACUGGUUCGACAUCUUCCCGAACAUCGACAAGCUGCCCAAAGUGGAGUGCCCUGUCUUCGUCAUGCAUGGCACGUCGGACGAGGUGGUGGACGUGUCGCACGGGCAGAUGCUGGUGGACGCGUGCAAGCGGCCGUUUGAGCCGCUGUUCCUGGAGGGCGGGCACCACUGCGACCUCGAGUUCUUCCCCGAGUACUUGCGCUGCCUGCGCAAAUACAUCUCCUACCUCGUCCAGCACCCCCCCGCGCCCCAGCCCGACCUCCCCAGGAAGGCCAAGAGGGUGAGCGCGCAGGGGGAUGCGGGGAGGUGUGGGGCGGGGACGGAGGGGAAUGGAGGGGGUAAAGGAGGUGGGGAGGGAAACGAGAGGCUAAUGGGAGGGGUGGGGGGGGGGCGCUGGAAGGAUGGGCAGCAAGACAAGGCCAUCCGUUCCUUCAUGACCCCCAACCGCCACCGCCACCCCUCCGGUACCGCCUCUGCUCCUGCCACUCCCCUUGGCUCUUUCUCCGGCUCUCCCGCCUCCUCCUCCUCCUCCUCCUCCCCCGCCUCUCUCCCCACCUCCAACGGCAACUCAGUCGAUUCCGCCUCGUCCUCUUCCUCUGCUGCGGCUACGCCCAACCGUAAAACCCGGUCUUGGAAGCUGAGGGCCAUGUCCCCGUCGUUCCGCUUCUCCCCUUCGACCUGGCGGGAUGCGAGGAGGAAGGGAUCGGAGGAUGGGCAAGCGGAGGGGGCGGAAGCACUAGGAGUGGCAGCAGUGGCACAAGGGAAAGCUCCUAGCAGUGCUGCCACAGGUUCAGGAUCAGGCUCUGCUGCUGCUCAUCCUGUGAAUGGCCUAGCAGCUGAAGGUGUUGGUGCUGCUGCGAAUGGAAAGGCCAUUGAAGAUUCAGCAGCAGUGGCGGUGACAGGAGUUGCUGGUAUGGGCGGGGAAGUGGGAUCCAGCCAAUGA